ACUACUACUACUAUUACUACUCAAAAAGACCUUGAAAUAGUAGAGCUACAGAAGAUUGUGCGCUACAGAAGAUUGUGCUCCUUAGUACAGGACAUAUACUAAGGAGGACACUAUCCAUCAAGUAAUACCAACCACAACUAUGUAUUGACUCCUUAUGUUCAAGGGAUGAACACGGACCUAUAUUUUAUAAAACUUUGAGUGCUGCUUUGUUUCUUAUGGCUUAGAAAUUACCCAACAUUUACGUUACUCAGUCAGCAGUUUGACAUUUCAGUUAGCAGUGUCAGUGACAUUAUCUACACCGUGGUCCCAAUUUUAUACGAACACUAUCAUCAAUAUGUAGACUGGAUUGACGAGCAAUCAUGGCAAUUACAACGGAAUGAAUACGAGCAGUUUCCAAACACUGUAGGAGCAAUUGAUGCCUUUGCUGUUCAGAUUAACAGGCCACAGAACCGUGAUGUUCAGCUCUUGUAUUAUAGGAGAGACCGAGGCUAUCACUUUUCAUGUCAUUGUCGACAAUGAUGGCUUUUUUAGGCUUGUUCGUGGCGGAUUUCUUGGACAUGCUACUGAUGCCGAUUCCUUUAGGCGGUUGCCAGCCAUGGGUCAUAGACGACAGCUCCCUCUUCCACAAGACGCAUACCUGUUGGCAGAUGGUGGAUACCCAGCUGUGAAUCCUCUUUUGACACCUUUCAGAUGUCAAAGAGGAGGACGCUUGAGCCCUGCCUGCUACCGCGCAAAUGUCGAGCUUGGAAGGGCUAGAGUGCGGGUAGAGAAUAGGAUUGGAGAUGUACGUAUUUACCGGAGUGUUCCUGGCAGAGCAGGAAGAUUUAGAAGCUGGAGGCAGUUUGUCAGUGUUGUCACUUACUUAGUUGUUGCCCUUACAAACAGACGACGUCGAUUGAUUUGAAACUUAAGAUGCAGGUUUAUCGUCUUGUGACUGAUGUAAAAAAAUGAUAAAAUUUUAAUUCUGCUGUCGAGUUUUUCAUGAGAAAUAAACGUGACUUUGCUCCAGAUUUAGUCAAAGGUAUCGGUUAUGUGAAACUGUUUUAUUUUUAGAUGAAAACGACUCGAUUUAUGUGUCAAUUAGAGAAUAUAGCAUGUAUCAGUCAAAGCAUUAGAGUGAAAUAAGGAAUUUAUUGCAGAUCAACUGUAACUAGCAAUGUUUAAGACAUGCAUAUUUUAUAUAAACAUAAUUGAUUGUCGAUUAUGUGAAUCAUGUGAUUCAAUUUGAUAUGAAUUGCUAGAGUCCACUGUGAGAUACCAAUCUGCAAUAGUCACCUUUACAUUAACGAUCUACUAAUUUACAAAUAAUAUGCAUAUAAGAACAGCUGCAUAGAAAUAUAUAUGAGAUAUAAAAUCGUGAUGUUCUAGUACGCGGCACUGAUAACUUAUGCCUAGCCUGAUACUCUAUAAAGCCCUAAUCUUUAGGACUUACACCAGAACAUAACUGAUGAUAGGUAAAUCAUAUAAAACUAAGUCUUACUUGAUUACCGUACUGAUUUCAAAUUAUACUUUUGGAAAAUUUUGAGUCUAGAAGUAAAAAAUAGAAGUAUUUAUUGACUUCUUGGCAUAACAAAAUAGGGAGGAUUUAAAGCGGCGUGGUGUUUGAAGGAACAUGGAUUCAUCAGUGAACUGAAAAGAAAAUCUAUCUAAAAUAGCUUAUAUAAAAAGAAUAAUGACAACUCAUCACUAUCAUGAUUAUAUGAAACUGUUUUAGAGCAUUCUCUUUUGCAUGCUAUACUAGUCAGUGUCUGAAUCCGAAAUGGAAAAUCCCUGGCUUGCCGCACUCUUUCUUAAAAACUUCAUGUGCAUCUUGGCUGUUGCCAUUCCAACAUCCAGUAGAGACUCAGCUCUUGCAUGGAGUUUUGACAUUGGGUCUUUUCCUGCCUUAUGUGUUUUCUUCGGCUUUUUUGGGGUAGGUGGUAAGCCCGGUGAACUAGGACCAGGAGUGAUUUCAGGGGACACUUGUACAUUUGUGUCUGAAGUUUGUCCAUCGUCGACAGAGGCUUCAUCAUCCAUCGAGUCGUAUACAUUCAAAUUUAACGGGUCGUUUUUCUCAGCUGUCUUCCCUUCCCCCAUAGCCUUUAUUACGUCUUCUGACGUAGAUGACACGCCUUGAUCCAACACAUGUCGCUCCUCCCUUCGAGAUACUUCGGUAGAAUUUCUUGCUUUUCGGCCAACAUUACCCAGUCGAUUUCUAAUGGACUUAGUCAGGUUUUUGUCGCUGAUGUUUUUCAGAGCCAAGUCGUAUUUGUCCACCACGUUCUUCUCCAGGAUGUCUUUAUGGCUACAAAUGAAUUGAAGAAUCUUCUUCCAAUCAUUUCCACACAUUACUAUCGCUUUUCUGUAGAGAGUAAUCUCUAUGUCUGUAAUUGUGUUUCUAUUCCCCGACUGUUUUCUGCUUGUGUCACUUGCGCUCUUCUUUCGCUUGCCUGUAAUUUAAAAGUGACAACAAUGUUUGUGAAUCAGGCGUCACGUUUACUUUUCAUUUUAAUUCCAGACACUAAAGACGUGUGAGCUUGAUUGAGCUGAUUUUUAGUGUUUGUUAAUAGUGUUAGGGAUACACGGGGAAACAUCGUGAAGUUUAUUUUGAAAACUGCAAACUUUUAGGAUUCGUUCAAUUCAAAUUGAGCGUAUGCUGAGUUUGCCUUUUCAUAAAUCAUUGCCGACUUUCAUACCGGGAGGGUCUGGGUACGAGACCGGACAAAAAUUCAAGAUGGCGUCCAAGAAGGUCAAGAAGGUCGYGCCCACACACUGUGCAAACUCUAUUUGUACCAAUAGCGGGCAGUCAAAAAUUCCAAAAUCUUUUAAAACUACUGAAAAACAUCUCUUGAACAAAGAUCUAAAAAAACAAGCAAAGGAUUUAGACAAGGCAGACUUGAAAACAUGGACGCUUCCCGAUCUGAAAGGUGCUGCACUUGAGCUAAAACUUAAAGCAUCUGGAACUAAACAGGAGCUUAUAGAGAGAUUGCAGCCUCUAAAUGAGAGCAAAGUUCUAUUAACAAAGCGUUUAAAACAGGUGAAGACUUCAUAUGUUUUUCGUACAAGCAUGGAACUCACAGAUAUUCCACCAAGCACUAGUGCUUGGAAAGCAGAUCCCGCGCUUUAUCCCAAAGUUGAUUCUAAAACAAUUUCUAAGUAUACAAGCGUUAAAAAAGAGGGACACAAAGGACAAUCAAGAAAAGGACGAAGAAUGCUUUUAUCAAGAAAGAUUAAAUCUGUGAAAUCUUUUCGAGAGGGGAACAAAACAUUUGUAAAAGCAUUCAUAAUCAAAAGUUUUGGUCAUGAAAUAACACGCCCAGCAGUGAUUUUGUUUGAGAAGAAUAUUCCGAUAAAAGGACACUGUACAUGUCCAAUUGGAAAAUGUGGUGUGUGUUGUCAUAUCAUAGCUUUAUUGAUGUUUUUAGAACAUUACAGUAAGACAAAAACGACUAUCUUUGCUUUAUCAUGCACCGAAAAGCUCCAAAAAUGGCAUAGAAAAGGACUAAGAGCAGGAAUAGCAACUAAGGCAUCACACAUUUCCUUGAGAUCCUUUAGAAACACACGAUCAACAAGAGAACGAAGAAAAUGCAAUAGAGGAAGAAAAAGGAAUGCAAGAAAGGAACGAAAGAUUGAUACUGAGAAUAUUGAUACAAAUGAUUUUUUUAAACGAGAUAUUGAAAUGAUGUCCCAAAAAGUAAAAGUAGGAUUAGACAAAGAAAAGCUACACUCACAUUUUUACAAAACACUUAUGAAACAUAAAAUGAUGUCAACUGGGCUUUCUAUGGAGCUUCAUUACAGAAACUCAUGGAGAGCAAGGGUUGUAUUUAUGGAUCAUGAUUACUGCCAAAAUGUGAAUAACUUGUUUGAUAACAGCAUCCUAAUAACUCAAGGCAAUGUACACAGUCAGGUCAGGCCUGAAAGCAGCUUACCUUCUAAUGAAAAUGAGGAAGAGCUAAUAAGUGAUCUAAAUGCUGACAAAGAAGUGCCAAUAGUGCAAGACCAAAAAAUGAUGUAUGAAAAUAAACGUGAGAUGUUGGAUCUCCAAAAAUCUUUCAAUGCAGCAGAAACAAAAACAGGGACCUAUGAAAUUAGACUUCCAUCAUACAAGCGUGUGCAGCCUUGUGGCUUCAAUUACAUAGCUGUUACACAGGGAACAAAUGAAUGGCAUUCUUUAAGAAUUGGUGUUAUUACGGCUAGUAAACUACCAAGUUUAUUGGGAUUUUGUGGACAUAAGCAAUUCAAUGAAGCAUGGUUUUGCAUUCACAAUAAAGUUGACGAGAGCACCCUGACCCCAAAAAGAUUCAAGAACUUCGAAAGAGGUGUAGAGUUUGAACCAAAGGCAAUUGAACACUUUGAGGAAAUGACAGGUGUGCCUGUUUCAAAAUCUGGAUACUUUCAUCAUCCCUUUGAUAGAAGGUAUGGUGCCAGUCCAGAUGGCCUGGCACAAACAUUUUUGGUGGAGGUCAAAACAAGAGCUCAGGAGAGCAAUAAACCACUUCAAAAUGUUACUGCUUCGCAUAUUGUACAAUGUAACUUCCAAAUGGAAUGCACUGGAGCACAAAUAACCAUCUUAGAGUCCUACCUCCCUGAACAAAAAUGUGCUAACUUUUUUCUUAUUCAGAAAGAUAACCUUCUUGUCGAGGUUUGCAAAACAAUUACAGAUAGCCUUCUAGAAAGCAAGGAAAUUGCAGACUCAUGGCCUCAUGAAGAAAAUAAUUACCUUAUUAAGCUUGGUCAAAAUCUUAAAGGAAAAAAGCCUACUUUUGAAAACACAAAAAGUUUAAGGUCAUGGAUAAAUAAAAUGGCAAAACACAUUCAACCAGUUAGCUUUGUUCGUUAGGUUGACACUACAAGUCUUCUUUGUAUAAUUUUUGUACUACAUACUGGGCAGUUAAAUAGAAAAGAUCAUUCCUAGUAGAGUAGGUGGUCUACAGUAGUUAAUAGGCACCAGGCAAAAUUUCUAAGCAAGUUUGAGAUGAUGCUAUACUCAGUAGACAGCAUUAUUGGGAGAAAUUAGUGUCUGUCAUGAAAAMUGGGAUUGAUCUUGAUCAACUGUCAUAACAAACAUGUCAGGUGCCCAUUAAACACCCAACCCGAAUCUGCUGUAUGACGGAAUAAUGUUUUCAUAUAAUUUGAAAUAUGUAACAAAAAUGUUACAGCUAGAUACUUAGUUGUACUUGUUAAUGUGGUCCAACUGGAGUCUUGAGCAUAUUUACAAUAUGAGCAAAGAUUUUAAAACAAAGUCCAAGAAGGUCAAUUCUGGUCAUUGGCCAACAGCUAUUCAGAAUGGACCAGUCUCUUAUUCUUCCAAUAUAGUUCUCAUUGUAGAUUCUUAAUGUAGCAAUGUCAAAGUUUGCACUUACAUCUGCCUGUUCAUAUUGAGCAUCAAACUUCGUUGGUGGUCUGUUAUGUAAUAGUCCUUUAGAAUGGCAUAAUUCUGCUAUGUCGAAACCCUUGUCUGUUAAUACUACUUUUCCUUUAUUAAGUGUGUCCAGGACUCCACUUUGUUGAGUGAUAUCAUGGUCUGAUAUACUUCCUGGAUAUGUAUCGGUGCAGCACAACAAAUCACCAUAUUGUU